AUGGAAAAGAUAGAUUUAUCUACAAACUCAAGAAAGAUUCAAGACUCUUAUGAUAAGCUUAUCAGAGGUGAUCCAAGUAUCACCUACGUUGUCUAUUCCCUCGACAAAAAUUCAACAUUAGACGUCACCGAAACUGGCAAUGGUUCUUUAGAUGAUUUCAUUGAAAAUUUCACUGAUGGCCAGGUUCAAUUCGGAUUAGCUAGAGUAACUGUUCCUGGAUCUGAUGUAUCCAAAAACAUUUUAUUAGGUUGGUGUCCAGACAAUUCCCCAUCAAAGGCAAGAUUAUCUUUCGCAUCCAAUUUCGCAGAAGUGUCUAAGGUAUUAAGUGGAUAUCAUGUCCAAAUCACUGCUAGAGAUCAAGAUGAUUUAGAUGUUGAUGAAUUCUUAAAUAGAGUUUGUGCGGCUGCAGGUGCCAGAUAUUCCGUUCAAGGUGCUGCUACUGGCUCAUCAACCAAAAAAUCAACUUCAUCCCCAGCUCCGAAACCAGUCGUUUCUAAACCAAUCGUUUCUAAGCCAGCAAUCCAUAAACCAACUGGCCCAAAGCCUUCAUUCAUCCCUAGAUCUACCGGCAAACCAGUCCAACCAGUCAAAUCCCCAGGAUUUGUCCAAUCAACUAAACCACCUAAACAUGAUGACGGUUGGGGAGACGCUAAAGAUGUUGAAGAAAGAGAUUUUGAUCAAAAACCAUUAGAAAGUGUUCCAUCGGCAUAUAAACCAACAAAAGUUAAUAUUGAUGACUUGAGAAAACAAAAAUCAGAUACUAUCAGCUCAACACCAAAAGCGUCUUCAUUCAAACCACAAGAUAAGGAAGAAGAUGACAAACCAAAACCAUUAUCUGAAAGAAUGAAGGCUUAUAAUGAUCCAAAUGACGGUAGGUUGACUUCUUUACCAAAACCAAAGGUUGCUCACUCUGUUGCUUCUAGGUAUGCCCCAUCUGCAACUUCUUCUGGUGCACCUUCAUUCGGUUCUAAACCAGUUAUUGGUGCUAAGCCAGCUCAAGCUAAUAAAUUGGUUGGAGGAGCUUCUAGAGAUUUCGGUUCACAAGGUGGAAAGACCCCAGCACAAAUUUGGGCUGAAAAGAGAGGUCAAUAUAAGACAGUUGCUGGAGGUGAAGAACCAGUUAAAUCCGCUGGCGGGGAUGAACUUUCUCAUACUUCUGAAUUAGUUAGUCAAUUUGAACAAAAGGCACAUAUCCAAGAUGAACAAGAAGAAGAAGAACCAAAGGAAGAAGUGAAGGCUCCAGUUAGAAACUUGCCUCCACCUCCAGUUAGACAUGUUGUUCCUGAACCAGAACCAGAAGAAGAGGAGGAAGAAGAAGAAGAAGAAGAACCAGCUCCAUCUUUACCAUCUAGAACCGCUGCUCCAGAACCUGAAGAAGAAGAACAAGAAGAAGAAGCUGCUCCUGCGCCAUCAUUACCAUCCCGUGCGGCUGCUUCUGCUCCAGAACCAAAGGAGGAAUCGAUUACUGCCACUGCGGAAUACGAUUAUGAAAAGGACGAAGAUAACGAAAUUGCAUUCGCUGAAGGUGAUUUAAUCGUUGAUAUUGAAUUUACUGAUGAAGAAUGGUGGACCGGUAAGCAUUCCAAGACUGGAGAAGUUGGAUUAUUCCCAGCCGCCUAUGUUUCUUUGAAUGAAAAGAAGGCAGAUGAAGUGCCAGAAAAACCACAAGAAGAAGAGGAUGAAGCUGCUCCUGCUCCUUCAUUACCUUCUAGAAGUGAACCAAAGGUUGAAGCUAAGCCAACUGCCACUGCCGAGUACGAUUAUGAAAAGGAUGAAGAUAAUGAAAUUGGUUUUGAAGAAGGUGAGAUAAUUGUUGAUAUUGACUUUGUUGAUGAUGAUUGGUGGUCAGGCAAACGUGAAAAGACUGGAGAAGUUGGUUUAUUCCCUGCCAAUUAUGUAAAAUUAAACUAA